AUGGGGUACGGUAUUCGUUUCCGGAACAAAAGAAAAAUUUGGGUUCAACCCUGGGCAUCAAACCUACGCUAUCGAACGAUGCCAUCCGUAAGACACCGAACCGAUGAAGCGAUCGACCCCAGAAAGACUUCGCCAUUGCUGAUUCUUGCUCUUGACAUCGGUGUUGGCAGUGCUCGGUUAUUGCUUUUUUUCAGCGUUGAAAGAUUCUUUUUCGCAGCUAUGGUUGGGUUGCGGAAACUUGACGCGUUCGUCAAGACGCGGCCCGAAUUGCGAUCACAAAGUGCCGUUGGUGGAAUGAUCACACUGGUGGCUGCGACGGUGUCAGCCUUUUUGUUUGUGGGUCAGAUUAUUCAUUACAUUAUUGGAAAUCCGAAAGACUCUCUUCUGCUUUCCAAAUCCGUAUCAAUUCCGCUCAUUCCUCUCACCAGCAACUACCUGACAACAAAGAUUCUGGAACGAGCAGCCAAACUCCCUUUGGAUAUGCUGAUAACUUUCCCCUAUUUACAUUGCAGUCAGCUGGAUUUCAAUCACGAUGGAGCAUCGCUGGCAACAAGCGAAUUCCAAAAGCUACAUCCCAAACACUCUCUCACGAUGCGAACACCAUUCCAGCACGAAUUAUCAACAGCAAAGUUUGAAACCAAAAAGGGACAGGGUUGUACCAUCGAGGGACACAUCCGUGUACCUGUGGUCGCAGGAAAGUUCGAGAUUACUCUCAACAAGCGCACGUGGCAGCAAGCUGCCAGUAUUCUGAAUCGCCAAAUGUUGAUGCAAGUUCUGGGUGCCACAUCCGAGCACACUUCAUCCAAUGACGAGCUCGGUGACCGCUACAACUCCACACACUUUAUCCACUAUAUUCGUUUCGGAGAUUCCUUUCCACUCAAUAUAGAGAAGCCCUUGGAGAAACGACGUCACAUCUUCCGUAACAAGUAUGGCGCAAUGGCGGUGCAAGAGAUGAAGAUCGAGCUCGUACCCACCUACACGUCCACAUGGUUGCCGACGUCCAGUCGACAAACCUACCAAGCGUCCGUUGUAGAUAGUACGAUAGAACCGGAGCACAUGGCGCAAGCCGGUGCCUCUUCGUUGCCUGGCCUUGCUGUCCAGUAUGACUUCUCGCCGUUGACAGUUUAUCAUACCGGUGGUCGUGACAACAUAUUGGUGUUUUUGAGUUCACUGGUGAGCAUUGUGGGUGGUGUCUUUGUUACCGUCGGCCUCGUGAGUGGCUGUUUGGUACAUUCGGCUCAGGCUGUAGCGAAGAAGAUAGACUAACGUUAACAUAUUUC